UCCUCUAACUUUAGAUUCAUCAAAAUUUACUACUUGCAAAAUAUUUGGACCAACUCUCCCUUCCAACCUGCAAGUUAUCCAUCCUUCUUCCUCUUUGCUUUCGCCGCUAAGUUGACCUAUCUUUAGGGUUCUUCUUCAUAUUCAAACAAUACCCACUACAAAUCUCUUCUCUUUUUUUGCAACCUGUACACUUGAGGACGUUUCCAAUCCAGACUAGUGAGUUACGUCUUUCCACUACUUCUUUUGCUUUAUUGACUUGUUAGACACUUGAAAGGCUUCUUGGGUUUUCCUUCCAUUUGAUUUUGUAACUCGAGUUGCUUCAUUUUGUCUGUCAUCUAUAUUGUUAUCUGCUUCCACUGGAUUUGGAUUCACUAAGACUGCAACUUUAGGGUUCUUAUAUCUAUAUAUAUUUUUUGACGAUGACAUCUUCUCAUGGCAAUACACAAUCAGAACCCGCGAAAUCUGAACAGAUAAUCACUGAAUUCUUCGCGAAAAGUCUUCAAAUAAUACUCGAAUCCAGGUGCCCUUUUGUCUCAUCGCGUAAUUUCAGUGGUGAACAAAUGAUUUCCUCUCCCGCAUCAUCUUCCUCAUCAUCAUCAAGUGUUAGACCAAGAGACAGAUGGUUCAAUUUAGCUUUGAAGGAUUGUCCUGCAGCUCUUGAGAACAUAGAUUUCUGGCGUCAAACUAAUUUCGACCCGAUGGUUGUUGAUAUCAUUUUGGUACGAAGAGGAGAAAAUGAUUGGGACCCUUCCAGUUGUGAUCGAAGUGAGAAGAUAAUAGAAAGAUGGGUUGUGCAGUAUGAGAGUCGUAGUAAAGGAGGAUCUGCUGAUUGUUCUUCAUCAUCAUCAUCAUCCAAGAGACCAUCAAGUAGCACUAGCUUACAUUCCUUGUAUAAGAAAUCAAUAUUGCUUUUGAGAUCGUUGUAUUCGACAGUGAGGCUCUUACCUGCUUACAAGCUCUUCCGCGAAUUGAAUUCCACCGGCCAAAUCCUCACAUUCAACCUUGCUCAUCGAGUCUCCAUCUUUGUUGAGCCAUUCACCCAUAAACAGGAAUCAGAAAUGCAACAAUUUUUGUUCACACCAGUAGAGACCUUUUCUGGUAGGCUUAGUCUUUCAGUAUUUUAUCAUUCCUCCGUUUCAGAAACGAAUUCUGAGCCGACAACACCCAUUUCCCCUCAGUUUAUACAACAUUAUAUAGGAAGUCCAAUGGCUGAUCCACUUAAGAGAUUCCCAUCACUUCCUGGUCCAAGUUCAUUUGAAAGACGUCACAGCUGGAGUUAUGACCUCUAUGGUGCAUCUCCACCUUCAUCCAUACCAUCACCUUCUCCAACACACUCUGAUUCUCGAGCUCUUAUUCCGAAACCUACUUCCCAUUUUCUUCCUCCAUCAAAUUUGCCACCUCAACGUCUGAAGAGCAAUGCAAUUUACGAUGAGUAUUUGCCUUCUCCAGUUUUUUCGCCGUCUCCUUCUCCUUCACCUCCUCCAUACUUGUUUGGUAAUGUUUCCCUUCUACGGUCUGAAAGUGCUCCACUUAGCAUACCAUCGUCUCGGCUUGGCAUCGUGAGGACUGGUGCUUCUUCCAGGUCAGACCGAACUGCAUUGGCUCUGAGCGGCUCUACUGUUGUUGACAAGCAAUACCCAUAUGGGAAUUCUGAAUCAGGAAGAUAUUCAGUAGUGAAGUUUUCGUCCAACAGCUCACCGCAGAAAUCACUUUCAGGAUGUUCUAGUAGGAUGUCGUUCCAAGAUUAUUUUGAUGACUCUGUCGAGUUUUCUGGUCCAUUUGUCGUCGAUGAAGAUUUGAUUGACCCUAACAGCAGACCGGGAUCUUUUGAUCAGAAAGGGAAUCUAUGUGGGGCGGUUGAGCCAGGAGGAGGCAGGAAGAACCAAGAUGCUGCAGUUGGUGCUCUUGUAUGUAUGCUGAAGAAAGCACCACCACUUCGUCAGGACCUCUCUCAUUCUCAGAACUUCUCAUCUGAGCCCGUAAAUUCAAAUUCUCAUUAUUCCAGAGCAGCAGCAGCACAUAAUCCAAUGGGCAAGGCGGUGGCGUCAUCAGAAGCGGCUUCUGGGCAUGGGUUUGGAAGGACGACAGCUGAUGCAUUAGAAGAGCUGCGUAGCUAUAGGGAGAUGAAAGAUCUUUUGGUUAGCCAAGGUACUACUACAAAGACACGCCCAUAGUAUGUAUAUAUAUAGUAUUGCCCGGUCUCGAGAGAUUGAUUUGCCUUAUAAUGGGACUUGUGAAUAUAUAACAGCAUUUUGGUUGUUUUGAGCUCCAUAGAAAUCGUUUUGAUUUUUCUUUGUGGUGGCGGUUGCUCUUUUAUUCAAUGGUGGGUAUUGUUAAGCAAGUGAAUUUAUGUACAUAUAUGUGUAUGUAUGUAUAGUAUUCCUGUGAUGAUAUCCUAACUAAAUGUAUAGUGUAUUUGUAUGUGAAUUAGGCAUAUAUGCUUUG